UCGCCUGAAAUACUUCAGCCAUCAGCACUCAACGGUACGGAAACAAAGAUGGCGUAGGGACCUCGUCUAUCCGUUCGACGCUGUUGGCCGGACUGAUCAAUAGCUGGUCGUCGUCCUUCUUCUUCAAAGUGCAUCCUGAAUCGACGAUUUUUCCCACUACAAGAACAAUGUAUUUAUUUUUUAAACUAUUUCGAAUAUUAUCUCUCUGAAAAAAACACACGCAGUCAUCUACAUAUACACUCAUCAUUAUAUGCUUGUCUUCACCCUCUAUAACUAUAUUGCCUUUCUCUUUACUCUCUCUAUAUAGUUAUAUGCUGUUUACUCUCUGUACCCCUCUCUCAUUUUCUACAACUCCUCCUCCUGUAACUUUGCUCUCCAACUCCGUCUUCGUCAAACUGCUCUUAACGUUAGUGAUUAUUACACCACACACCGAUCAGCCUUCGCUGUGGUGACCACCACCAUGGCUAACGCUCGGUGCGGCAAUUGCGAAUUAGAGUUCGAUUCUAGCUAUAUCCAUUGUACUGAGUGUCCAAACUUCGACGUGUGUCUUAUAUGUUUUGCAAACGGUGCUGAGAUCGGUAAUCAUCUCAGGGACCAUAGCUAUAAAAUCAUGCAUCUAACUGUCAGAACAGUGAAUGUGUUUGAGACUUCUAAACCUUGGAGCCUGGCUGAAGAAACCAUGCUUCUGGAUGCUGUAGAGCAAUACGGUUUUGGUAACUGGGAGGAUGUUGCCAAUCACGUUAAAAGUAGAACUUUGUCCGAGUGUCAAGAACAUUACGUUACCUUUUAUAUUCACGGCAAUGUUGGCGCAAUUAGUUUCCCUGAUGAAAACACCAGGUCAAACUACCGCCCCAUUCCGGAUAGCACCCCUCCGAUCAAAAAAGAGAAGAGUACCUCUGAAAACAACGAAGGAAGUGGAGAUGCUUCUGGUGAUAAUGCAAGUUGUGAUAUCAAUGGUUUAAGUAACGGAUCACCCAUGCCCCUUGUUGACUUAACAGCAGCCGAGCAGAAAGACCUUGGUUACAUGAUGUUACGUGGUGACUUUGAAAGGGAGUAUGAUAAUGAUGCUGAAGCAGUGAUCAGUUCGAUUGCAAUAAACUAUGACGAUGAGGAACUGGACAUCUUGUUCAAGCUGUCUCAGGUAGACCGCUAUCGAAGUCGUUUGGCUGAACGAGAACGAAGGAAAAGGCUAGCAUGUAAGUUUGGACUUCUUUCAACCAAUGCCUUAUUUUCAAACAACAAUACCAGUGGUAAACCAAAGUCACAGCAGACCAAGAAGACCAAAUCCUCAUCGUCAAGUUCAGCUGGUUCAAAAGAUGACAAAGAUGUCAUCGAUAGAAUGCGAGUGUUUGCUCGUUUCCAGACAUUCCAUGAACACAAGCAGUUUUGUGACAACAUGCAACGCGUCAAAGACGUGCGCUGUCACAUAAAAGACCUCCUCAGGUACCGACGAAAUGGCUUGACCAAAUCGAACGAAGUGGAGCUUUUUGAAGAAGUGAAAAUUAAAAAAGAGCGUCGAGCUGACAGAAGCAAAAAAGUAGCAAACUCCUUGAUGAACAAACGUUCCAUGUCUUCAUCAUCGACACUUGUAUCAAAGAAAAAUGAAUGCAAACUGGACAUUAUAAUUGAUGACGAUGAUGAAAAUCCGGACGAUUGUGAUGAUGAAAGCACCAAGGAUAUGUCCUCCCUCCCUAACUAUGAACAACUUUCAAACAGCGAAAAGAGACUUUGCAGUAGUCUUCGCUUAACUCCAUCCAACUACAUAACUAUAAAAACUUCUAUCAUCAGAGAAUCUUUGCAACGACAGCAUGGAUAUCCAGUUAAAAUUCGUUAUCCAAGUUACUUGGACAAAACACAUCGACGGAAAAUAAUUAAUUUUCUGACAAACAAUGGUUGGAUUUGUGUCACUUGAUAAACUUCUCAUUGCAAAUAAUCAUUCUUUGGCCCCAAAAUCCUAAUUUGUUUUUAUUUUAUACAGUAUUUUGGAAGAUAAAAUAUGAAGUAAUUUUAAUUUCUUCAACAAAUGACACUUGACUCUUAAAAAAAAUCUCUAUUUGAAUUUAUAUAUAUAUAUAUAUAUAUAUAUAUAUAUAUAUAUACAUAUAUAUAUAUAUAUAUUAGGAUUUCGACUUCCUUUAAGAGUUGAGAACUAUAUUAGUUGCAGUGCCAUUUGCUUAUAUGGUGCCUGUAAAAGUUGGCUCAGGUACGAAAUGUCCUGUCAGUAUUCUCAGGUGGAAUUCUGUAAAAAGAAAAAAAAAAAUUUUUUAAAAAAGAAAGAAAAACCAUAACAAUUAAAAACCAGCAACUGCAGGAAUCUAAAUUAAGUAAGUAUAUAACUAAUGACGGACAAGAAAGAAGAAAAAAAAACAAAGAAAAAUAUGUAAAGAGAAAUGACUGAAAAACAACAGACAAUAAUCUUGUCAACAAAGAAAUUACUUUCAUUCCCUUUCAUUCGGGUGGGGUGGGAAAACUUUAUAAAAAUGAUAUCAUUCAUUCAAAUAUUCAGACAUCAUUUUAAGAACUAUUCAGUGAUUAAAGCUGUCCAAGGUGAAUUUCCAGCACACUCCUGUACUUAUUCAAUACCUUACAUUACAUACAUACAUGCUCAUUCACUGUAUGUUAUAUACAUUCUGAUACAAUGUAUUAUGCAUACAUACAUAAUACAUACAUGCAUACAUACAACUAUUAAAACAAAGAAUUUUAACCUUCUUGAAUUAGGAGAAGGAACAUGGAAAUGCUUGGACUUAUUCCAAAGAUAAGGUUUAUUUCUUUUUCUUGUAUCAUUAUUAUUAUUGUUAUUAUCAUUAUCAUUAUUAUUAUCAUUAUCAUUAUUAUUAUCAUUAUUAUUAUUAUUAUUAUUAUGCAUUCUUCUUAUAUGCAAUAUAUAACUGAUUGAUGUUACAUCUGUGACAAGAGAAGGAGGUGAGGAGAAGAAGGCAAAAAAUGGUUAAGUACAACACGGACAGUUGAGGGGAAGGACAAAGUGUUGGCAUAUGUGAGAAGAGCACCAAACUAAAUACCUUACAGCAUUUAAGUCUCGUGUAUCAAUAAUCUGUGUCCAAAUCCUGCUUGGAUUAAGUGAGCACCAGUGGGAGGGAAUCAUCAUCGACUCAGUCAAAUCCUUCUCUUCUGCACAGCACAGUUGCUCUUGUCCUUUAUAUGAAGAAUCAACAUCAGUGUUUUAAAAUUACCAAAAAAAGCAAACUCAAAAAAGAAAAAAAUUAUAUCCCCACAAUAAGACUUUAUUGUUUUGCAGAUGUAAUAAUAACAACAAUAAUAAUAAUAAUAAUGAUAAUAACAAUAAGGAUAAUAAUAUCUGAUUGUUUGUUCGGGGAGGGGAUGGAUGGAGAAAAGUUGAAGUGUUGUUUUAAACGAGAGAUUUAAUUACAGGUUUUGGUGUUUUCUCAUUUUUGUUUCUCAAUAAUGCAGACUGAUGUGUAAAAAAAAAAACAACAAAAGACCCCAGAAAAACAAAAAAAAACCUACCAAAACAUUGGCUAUAUGACCGUUCUUUUUUUUUUUCUCAAUUUUUUUUUUGUUUUGUUUUGUUUUUUCCACUGAUCUCUGUCUUACUGUAAUAUCUCACUAAAUACGUAUCUAUUGCAUAUUCUCUCUUUCACUCUCUCUUUUACAGCCCUUCCUUGUAUGAGCUUAAAAACACAUCUGUUAAUAUAUGAGGUAAUAAUAAUAAUAAUAAUGAUAAUGAUAAUAAAUGAAUGGCUUUAAAUAUCACAACAUUAGACAUUGGAUGUUGAAAAGAAGAACAACAAUAUUAAAAAAAAAUAAUAAAAGGAUGUUUUUCAGGAUUAUUGCAAUGCCUACUAAAUUCAGUGAUUGAACAUUUGAAAUAAAUGAAAAAAGAAAAAAAAUCAAACCAACUAAAUAUGAAAUUUCUUCUGUUACAAGAAAGCAUCAAAUGAAAGGGAAUCUUGCCAGCUAGUAUUCAAGCAAACAUCAUCAUUCUUGUUCUCCAGAAACGAUGGGGGAAAAGAAACAAAAAAAAAAAAACACAAAAAACAACAAAAUAAAAUAAAAUAAUAAAUAAGCAAACAAAUAU